AUGGAGUGUCUGGCAGGCACCAUAUGCAGAGUCACCAGGGAGAAGUCACAGCCAGCAGAUUUCACACUUCUCCUGAAGCCUCGGGGAACACUGGUGGGAGUGAGGAGGGGUGAGGGGUCAGCGGUCUGAAUCAGAUGAGGAGGGGGGGUUCUGGAGUGCCCUACAUGCAACAUGUUACACUUUUGAGUCAUUUAGCAUCAAUGGAGUCUCGCUGCAACACACCACUUUCUGUUCUCUGUUUUGUGGGUAAGGCAUCUAAGGCAGUGUUCAUUAACCUAGCCCUAGAUUUUAAAGUUGAGCUAAGACGUCUGCUCAGUCUUCUUUGCCAGUAUUGUGCCCUAAAGUCUUAACAGAGACAAAUAAAUACUGUAAGAUACUUUAUUGCAUUGUGAGUUUUUAACACAUUGUGAUGUCCUGUGAUGAUCUAUGACCUACUCAGAUAUUUCUCUUUCAUGUUACAGGCACCCAAGCUGUUCUGAUGAACUCCAGAUAACAGCACCACUCCUCAUCCUUCAGUCCCAACCUUCAACCCCUACCUCCUCCUCCUUGUCUCCCUGGUGGUCUGGUCGGUCGGAGGGAGCCCCAAGAUGACAGACCCUGACGGGGCUGGAGGGGAGGGCCUGGCCGAGGUGAACACCUGCAGCCUGGAGAUCGAGAGGAAGUAUGAGGUCAUCCCUGCCGUCAUCUGCUCCAUGUGCUGCCUGUUCGGCAUCAUCUACUGCUUCAUUGGUAAGGUCACCACUGGGUGAAGGCCACAAGGCAUACCCCAACGAUGUCACGUCAACAAGUAAACUAAAGCUUCAGUAACAAGGGUUGCAUCCCAAAUGGAACCCCAUUCUCUAUAUAGUGCACUACUUUGGCCCAUAUGGCUCUGUUUAAAAGUAGUGCACUGUGUAGGGAAUAGGGUGCCAAUUGGGAGGCAAACAAUGUAGUAGAGCAGGGGAUAGGGAAUGUGUAUUCAGACAUAUCAUAUGUCUGCUAAUGUGUUAUACAGCAGGGUUCUCCCCAGGAUUUUUUAACAAGGUGGUGCUGCUGAUUUUUUAACACCUGUAACUGACAUUUCCUGCAAUCUACAGCAAAACAAUAAUCAUAUUAGGGUGUGGUGCCUGGCCUUAAAUGAUUACAAAUAGAGUAAAAAACUGACUUUAUUCAUUUAUUACAUUUUUCUCACCAAAUCCAACUUAAUAACCACAAUUGCUUCUUGCUCCUCCACACCACCUCUCUUUUUAGUUUUAAUUGUAGGGUAAUUUAUAUGGCAUUACAUUGCUUUCAGUUGAAAUUCUGUAAUAUUUAUAUAGUUGGAUACGAGUUGCUGAUGCCCUAGCCACUGCAAUAUAACUUUAUCUUUAAGCCUUAACUUAUCACCUGCAUAUUUAUUUACUGUUAGAUUCCUCAGGUUAUUGAAUCUCCCCCCAUUUAAAGUACAACUUUAAAUAAGUGUUAUUUUCUUUUUAACCCCCUCUCUCCACCUCUCUACCCCUCUCCUCUCUCCCUCACCAUUCCCUCUCUCCACCUCUACCCCUCUCCUCUCUCCCUCACCAUUCCCUCUUCACCUCUCUUCUCUCCUCUCUCCCAGGAUAUCGCUGCUUCAAAGCGGUCAUGUUCCUGUCGGGCCUGAUGUUCGGCUCGGUCAUCAUCUUCCUGCUGUGCCACAAGGAGCGGGUGCUAGACACCCAGCUGAGUGUGGAGGCCUCGGCGGGUAUUGGCCUGGGCAUCGGCCUGCUGUGUGGCCUGGUCACCAUGCUGGUGCGCUCCGUGGGUCUCUUCAUGACGGGUCUGUUACUGGGCCUGCUACUUGCCCUCGCCACCCUGCUGGUCACCCACCAGUUCUACACCCCCACCACCGUCUGGGUGCCCCUGGGGGUGCUGCUGGGCACAGGCAUGCUGUUCGCCGUGCUCACCCUGCAGUGGCAGAAGCUCUUCACCGUGUUGUCUACGUCUGUCUUCGGGGCGGCCAUCAUGACGGUGUGCGCCGACUACUUUGUGGAGAUGCUGGCGCUGGCUAGCCACGCAUAUGAGUGCCUGAGGCUGUCGCCAGCGCCGUCGCUCUGCUGGUACAGCUGGGUGAUCAUGGGUAUCUGGCCGGCACUCAGCUUCAUGGGGGUGCUGGUGCAGUGGAAGCUGACGGCCGAGGGGUUCUCACACACUGAGGGUAAGCAUCAUAGAAUUACAUAUAGAAGUAAUGUAUAUGAUCUCUGUGGUAAGCAUGGGAGGUAGAGGAAGCUGUUUGUAGAGUAUGAUGCAUCUUUAUAUCUCAAUAUGGAGUAUGGGUUAUAUUAUGUUCUCUUCACUGCAACAAUAGUUUUAUGGUGUUAGAGAACAUUAUUCUGGCAUUGAAACAAAACAGAUUGUCUCCCAAGCCAGUUUUUUACAUUACAUUUCAGGUGAUUUAAGAAUGUCUAAUUUUCCCCUAAAGUUCUCAUAUGCUCUGUAGAAUUACUAAGAAAUGACUAAUUGAGUAAACACGUCUCUCUCUCUCUCUCUCUCUCUCUCUCUCUCUCUCUCUCUCUCUCUCUCUCUCCUCUCUCUCUCUCUCCUCUCUCUCUCUCUCUCUUUCUCUCCUCCCUCCUCUCUCUUCUCUCCUCUCUCUCUCUCCUCCUCUCUCUUCCCUCCUCUCUCUUCCUCCUCUCUCUUCUCUCCUCUCUCUCCUCUCCUCUCUCUCCUCUCUCUCUCUCCUCUCCUCUCUCUUCUCUCCCUCCUCUCUCUUCCCUCCUCUCUCUUCCCUCCUCUCUCUUCCCUCCUCUCUCCUCCCUCCUCUCUCUUCUCUCCUCUCUCUUCUCUCCCUCCUCUCUCUUCCCUCCUCUCUCUUCUCUCCUCUCUCUUCCCUCCUCUCUCUUCCCUCCUCUCUCUUCUCUCCUCUCUCUCCUCUCCUCUCUCUCCUCUCCUCUUCUCUCCUCUCUCUCCUCUCUCUCCUCUCUCUCGUCUCUCUCUCCUCAGUCAUCAUCAGCAGGAGGCAGAAGCGGGUCCAGUUGAUGCGGAUCAGACAGAAAGAUGUCAAGAAGCGCCAGCAGAGCAGUGGGCAGGAGGGCACGUAUCGUCGCAAGCCCGCCCCUGUCAAACGCUACGCCGGAGACCUGCUGGCACCGGUCAGUCUCGCUCUCACACACACUCUAUUCUAAUCGAAUUCCAACAUGUAGAACCCAUUCCUAGGUUGAUUCUGAUUAUAUUCCCCCUCUCCUCUCUUCUCCCCUCUCUCCUUUAUUCCUUCUCUCAGAGCUACCUGCAGAGUCUUAGGGACAGACAGAUGUGCACAGGCAACUCCCUCAGCAGCCUGGGCACUACCAACCACACAAUGAUCGACUUUGACUACGAGACAAGCUCCACUGUACCCCUCACCGCCACCACACCUGUCAACAGGGUCUGACGCACCGAGGGACAAGCAGGGGACCACCCACUUGUUUCUUGUCCCUCCUCCACAGUCCUCCUCCCUAUGUAGUGUACUGUUGACCCUACAGACUACUCUUUUAGGGCCUCAGCUCUCAUUUAGGCAAUGUGAGAGUCUAUUGAAUAAUGGAUCUUUCGUACAUUGAGCUGGAAUAGGGCCUUGAAUGCUGUCCAAGUGAAGAACAAAGCACCACUCGAUCCUAGCACACCUCCAGUGUACUGUACUGUACCUCGUUUGGAAUGGCAGACUGGAAGGCGAUGGAAUGGUUCCUCGGUCUGUGAGCUGUUCCCUGAGAGUGGUUGGUGUUUGGCCCCCCGUUUGAUGUGUGCUGUAAUCACUCUUUCAAUAGACUGGGCCUGUGUGGCCUCUCCCUGUGUUGUGUCUGCUCUUAGCGGUGGCAGGUCCAUGUGAAAAGUCUGAAGGCCACUUCUGCCGGAGAGAGAGAAACAGAGAGCACUGAAAUGCUUAUGGGGUUAGGACAGAGCAGAGUACACAAAGUCAGAAGAAGAAGAAGGAGCAGAAAUUAUCUCAUCUGACUUCUGAGGUUGUAUACUUUCUCUGGUGCUUUUAUGUGAUUGAUUGAUUACAUGUGGGAGAAAUCACUUGACUGAUGAAAACGGACUGUUCAGAAAGCAAUACUGGGAAUGGAAAUGGAUAUGAAUAGCACGAGAGCUACCUCCUCGAGUGAUAUCAACUUUUAUAAUUAGAGUUAACUGUGCUUUAAUGACUUGAAAUGAACCAGUGGUGAGUAAACUCUGGUCAACUGCCUCGCAGAACAGGACACCAGCUGAUGUUGACAAGGCACUGUGACUGGACAAAGAAGAGGACAUUUCGAGAUACAUUUCUCUGACCAGUGUUUGCUGUCUGUGUGAGUGUGUGUGCGUUUGUAAUGUUAAGGUGUGUGUAUUGAUGUUUACUUGUCCCUUUUUGUUAGUAACUGCCUGUAUAGUUGAGUGUAGAAGGUUCAGGUCCAGAGAGAUACACGGCAGCCAUUCUGUGCCUAAAUACGAUGGAGAUUGGCAACUGUUACAAGUGAAAUUUACGUUUGUUUUCAUUGUAACUGCAGUGCCUUUUUUAGAGGUAGCAAUACUGCAAUACUAUACAAUGUUGUUUCAAACCAUACUUGGUUAUGUCAGUUAUUUUGGAGCAGUAGCUUGUUUUCAUUACAAUUUCUAGGCAGUUUUACCUGUGCAGUACCUGUAUUCAGUAAUGUAUAUGAUCAAUAACAUUGAAGGAAUAUGCUAUGGUAAAAAUGUGAGCAUACAUUUGCUGUACUCUAGGUUACUAAGGAAUGAUCAGUGUUUUUAAAAUUGUAAUUUACUUUUGUUUUAGAAUUUUAGAGGGACAGUAGGCCUACUCUCACUCAGUACUCUCAACUAUUCUGAAUCUGUACAGAAUUGUCAAUAGGAAAUUGAAAAGAUAAACC